AUGUUGUUACAUCGUGCUACAAAAUGCAGAUCUAUCUCAAUGAUCUCUAUAAAGAGAUCAUUGACUCAAUUAUCUAAUGUAAAAGUUCCACCAACAAUUAAUAACGAACCAACAAAAACUUUCUCAAAUACUCAAGAGAGUGCUAAAGAUUGGGAUUUGUUAAGAGCUUCAUUACUUAAAUUUAAUAAUGCAGCUUUAGAGAUUCCUUUAGUUAUUAAUGGUCGUAGAGUUUACGCAAAUGAUGAAGGCUCUACACGUACUACAACAAAACAUGUUAAUCCAUCAAACCAUAAACAAAUUUUAGCUAAUAUUACACAAGCUAAUGGCCAAGAUAUUAAAGAUGCAAUUGAAACAUCUAAAAUAGCAAAGAAAAAAUGGUAUUCUUUACCAUUUUAUGAUAGAGCCGCUGUAUUCUUAAAAGCCGCUGAUUUAAUUUCAACUAAAUAUCGUUAUGAUAUGCUAGCUGCUUGCAUGUUAGGUCAAGGUAAAAAUGUUUAUCAAGCAGAAAUUGAUUGUAUUGCAGAAUUAUGUGAUUUCUUUAGGUUUAAUGUAAAAUACGCAUCUGAAUUAUAUUCUCAACAACCAACUAAUGGUACAAAAGGUAUUUGGAAUACAGUAGAAUAUAGACCUCUAGAAGGUUUUGUUUAUGCAGUUUCACCUUUUAAUUUUACUGCUAUCGCAGCCAAUUUAGUUGGAGCUCCUGCGCUAAUGGGUAAUACUGUCUUAUGGAAACCUUCUCAAUAUGCAGCUUUAUCAAAUUAUUUAUUAUAUACUGUAUUAGAAGAAGCUGGUUUACCAAAUGGUGUUAUUAAUUUUAUUCCAGGUGAUCCUGAAUUUAUUACUAAUGAAUUAAUUAAAGAUCCACAUUUUAAUGCUUUACACUAUACUGGUUCAACUCAAAUAUUUAAAUCAUUAUAUUCAAAGAUUCAAAAUAAAUUAGUCGAUGGUACUUAUAGAGAUUAUCCAAGAAUUGUUGGUGAAACAGGUGGUAAAAAUUUCCAUUUAGUUCAUAAUUCAGCAAAUUUACCAAACGCUAUUUUUAAUACAAUUAGAGGUGCAUUUGAAUAUCAAGGUCAAAAAUGUUCUGCAACAUCUCGUCUAUAUUUACCUGAAUCAAAGAGUACUGAAUUUUUAAAUGAUAUGGUUGGCACAUUAAGUGAGGAAGAUUCAAAAUUUGCUCCAAAAAAUAUUGCCGCUAGUGCAAUCAGUGGAGGUGAUUUACAAGGUUUCACAGGUCCAGUUAUUCACGAGGGAAGUUUUAAUAAAUUAGCUAAGGUAAUUGAUGAAGCUAAAAAUGAUCCAGAUUUAGAAAUUAUUUAUGGUGGUACUUAUGAUAAGACUGAUGGUUAUUUCAUUCAUCCAACUAUUAUAAAAUGUAAAGAUCCAAAUCAUAAAUUCUUAAAGACAGAAUUUUUUGGUCCUAUUCUUACCGUUUACGAAUAUCCUGAUGAAAGAUUUGUCGACAUGUGUAAAACUAUUGAUGAAACAGGUAAUUACGGUUUGACUGGUGCUAUUUUUGCCAAGGAUAGAAGUGCUAUUCAAGUAGCAAAUGAUAUCUUAAGAUACAGUGCUGGUAAUUUCUAUAUUAAUGAUAAAUGUACCGCUGCUGUAGUGGCACAACAAUGGUUCGGCGGUGCAAGAAUGAGUGGUACUAAUGACAAAGCAGGCAGUGGUAACAUCUUAAGCAGAUUCGUUAGUAUGAGAAACACAAAAGAAAAUUUUUACGAUAUCACUGGUUAUAAAUAUCCUUCUAAUUACGAUUAA